AGCGAGGGCAGUACAGGCCGGGCGGCCGCCACGGGAAGACAAGCAGUCAGCGGCAGAAGCAGCAGUCAGCACGGCGAACCCGUACCCCAUCAGCAUGGGUGUGCAGGACGGACCAGCCAUCGUGUCCGUCGAGUUUGAGGUCUUCGGACAGGUGCAAGGUGUCUACUUCACCAAAUACUGCCGCGACAUGUGCGUGCAGUUGGGGAUCGGUGGCUGGGUGAAGAACACCAAAAACGGAACCAUCGUCGGCAAAAUACAGGGUCCGCGAAUUGCCGUGGAACACAUGGUUCAAUGGUUAUCUAAGACUGGUAGUCCUGGAGCAAAGAUUGACCGCUGUGAAUUCAAAAACUGGGAGUUCCUGGCAAGACAAGAUUUCAGAGGAUUCAGUAUCAGAUUCUGAGUGUUUUAAAAUCACACCAAGAAGAAAAACAUGCAAAACUUCUGUUUGCAUGUCUAAAUUCCUUUCUUUUCACAGUGCUGAUGUCUUAAUUUUACAUCAACAGAAACAUUAAUUCAUGCAUAUUUACACGUCAUCCUCCAACUUCAUGCUUGACCUGAACCAUUCACACCACGUAAGUGUACACAAAUAUUAAUAAAACUUUCUGGAUGAUUAAAUCAAAAAUACACACAACUUAUGCAAGAAGUAUCUCACUUGCAAACAUAAUAUGCAAAAAAAGACAUCAGCAGACCAAUAGUACAUGUAACUGCCAAAUUGUACCUUAAUUUUUGAGAAUUAAAGUAUUUUAUGUGUUUUUGUUAAA